CCGACAAGUGCCACUUGCCUAAGCACUUUAGGGAAAUGCGAUAUCUUUUCUUAGACCAAUUCAAACAGUUGGAAACACUCUUCUUCCAACCACGUCACACACAACACACAUUCUCCCUCUGGCGAGGGGGGACGCGCCUCUUCGAUGGGGCUCUGCCCUUUUUAACCAGUCUGCGCGGGCUGAACUUCUGCUCUGUUACAGGUAGAGCCGGGUUUGGUGGGCCUAACCUGUCUCUUCUGUUACAGGUACACACCAGUUUCCAGUCGCUUGUACCUGUAAAAGUCUCCUGUCUGUCCCUGGCCUUUGAGUGGGUCUCAUCGCAGAUACCCGUGUCUGCCAAUGUCCCUCCUUGGACCAACCCGGUUGCAACCUGCCGGAGCAGGGGCUUGGGGACGUUCGAACCUGACAGGAGCGGGAAGCGGCUUGGAGGGGCAGCAUCUGAAUGCUUGCAAUUAAUAAAGGAUCUGCUGGAUGAUCAGAUCAUGGCUGACUGCAAGACAAUGUUACAAACUUUCCCAUGUACUUGGUCUUCUCAGAAAAGAAAAGGACUCCAAAGGUUGGGAGUCUUUCAAGACAGAAGGAACAAAGGGCAGAUUGGUAGAAGUGGUCCUGGAUAUCGUUUGACUCUCACAGUGGGGAUGGAUUUCCACUUAUUCACUGUAUCUGUGUUCUUUCGUGUUCCUCAUAUAACCCAAGCCUGGCCCCCACACAGCAAUUGUCCUUGACCUUACACCUCCAUCACCAUGUAGUUAGGGAAGGAUUUUCAAAAGUCCCUAAAUGAGGAAGGAGAAACAUCAUUUUGUUCAGUUGCUUUCUGGGACCAAUGUCUCAGCAGCUGUGAACAACAGUACAACUUCUGAUAUCCCAGCUCUGUUGCAGCAUCUCCUGGGAUGAGAAUGUCUGGGAUAAAACAGUCCCAGAUUAUCCUUGCUGCUCGGACAGCUUGAUUCCAAACACCAGGUCCCUCCACCGAUUAUUGGUGUUAGAAGACUAAACUCAAACAGGUUUGCCACUAGUGAAAGCAGGGGCUUAAGAGUCAGGACAUAUGCUCUAACUCUUGGUUCUCCUGCAAAUGCACUGCGUAGUUUGGAAUUCCACUUUCAUGCACUGCAGGAAAUUGAAAUAUCCUUUUAUCUGAACAGUCUCAGCCCCCUGUACUGUUGGCAGGGGUUAAGAGCUCCUCCCCCUGCAAUCUGGAUGCUUUAUACCAUACCCUGUUUAACAGAUCAUAAACUAAGGUAUACAGGUGGCUUGGGCAAACUGCAGUGAGUUAAAAGUGUGGAGGGACUUUACCAUGGAACACCUAAUGCAAAGUAACUACUGGCACGUGUGUCUCUGCUAUUACCCUACAGUAAGUGGAAACUAAUCCAGGGGAAUUUAGCCCUGUUUUAUUCAGGGGUGAGUUGCUUCAGUUUAGCUUCCACUUAGCCAGGGUAAGAAGAGAUACAGAGACUGUUACCAUGGAGCAGCUGAUGCGUGGUUAAAUCCCUGACACCUUUUAAUUCAUUGGAAACUGACUGUUAGUCCAUACCCAGAGAGAAUGCAAUUUACCAAAGGUUACAACAGUGGUGGCCUUAGGGCUCUUGGGGCCCUGGGCAAGAGAGUCAUUUGGAGCCCCUUAGGAGGCUUAAUUUUGAUGACCUAUAAGCAAGUUGGACAUUUUCAAUUUCAAUUUCACUUUGCCCUAUCCAUGAAACUGCAAUGAAAGUAUCUUAAUACAACACUGAUAAUAUAUAUAUUCAGUGUAAUUAAUUUUUAUUUUUAUAAAGUGUGGGGCCCCGGGCAGUUGCCCGGUUUGCCCUCCUCUAAAGCCACUACUGGUUACAAAGGACCUAAGCUAGGCUUUCUGAAUCCUAGAAUUACAAAGCUGUUCUUCUUUCCCCAACCAGCCAUGCAUACCUGAUUUAUGUAAACAAAGGUGGAAGGAAUAUUCAGUAGCAGCCAACAGAUUGUGCAAAUACAUCACCAUGUACUCUGCUGAUUGCUGCUUAGUCUUCUCUUAGCCUGUGAUAUUUCAGCUUUCUUGUUUGCUGAAAGAACUGUAUGUAGUCAUUCGCCUAUGAUUGGUCAUAUGAAAACUUUCAUUCAUCCUUUCAUCUCAGGAACCAAAGAAACUGAUUGUUACUAUUGUAGCGAUGUUACAUGCAAUUUCAAUUAAUGAAAUGUU